AUGGAGAGGCAGAGGUCUUUCGAAGUUCUUCAUGUUGAUGAUGAAACUUUUAACCUAGAGAAUGAUAGUCUUGUCGAAAGUGUCUACUUGGUUUCUGAGCAAGCUGUUUCUGAUGAAUCACCUUCUUACACUGAGGUUUCGGAGUCUGACAAGUCAGAAAAUUCUCUAUCCACAUCGACGUUCGAUUUCGUCAAACUGGACUGCGACCAAAACCAUGCUGCCAUUACACAACCCUCUCCAUCUUGUGACUUGGACCAGUUACAUUGUCUAAGCAUACCUGAUGAGAAAGAGCCAACUAUUGUAUAUGAACAAUCAUGUAUCCAAUCGUCAAUGUACUCGGAAAUAAAUGCCUCUGAUCGGAUACAUUUUUACUUCCGUGAUUUUCUUUUGGGAGGCAUAAUUUUCAGUUUGCUUUUAGGUCACAUGCUGUAUUCUGAACAAUGUUAUAAAAAUCGAAUUGCUGGUUGUGAAAUUGAACGUGACAAAUUAUCAACAAACAUUUCUUUUCUAUCGACUGAAAUUUUACAAAAAGAUACAGCAUAUCGACAUCUGGAAAUUAAACAUAAACACCUUAAAAAUGUAACACAUCAAUUGCAUUCAGAUAUAUCUAUACUAACAGCUGAAUUACGUGACAAAGCCCUAGCUUACAAUGAAUUAAAAUCAGACUACAAAUAUGUCAGUGAUAAAAUGAAAGAGUUAACCAAUGAAUUGCGAAAAUUGAAAUUUGCACUUAUGGAUUUGAAACGCUCUUCGCUAUUUUUUCCCGGUAUCAGAUUGAUCAAAGAUAUCUUGUGUAAAAUUUUAAGCGUUUGCCCUGAUCUAGAUGGAGAGUAG